UAGUAUAAAAAUAAAAAAAAAUAAUUUUUAGGUCAGAUACUUCUUUAAAAAUACCAUAUGAAAUUAAUACAAAUUAUUUUAAUAUUAAAAUAAUUUCAUUUAUUUUAUUUAGAAAACAUCGUCUGCUGUAAAUAUUAGUCGUCUGCUAUACUGCCCCGUCAGCUUUAUAAAUCGUCUGCUAUAUUUUGUUGAUACACAAUUUACCUGGUUACGCUCGAUAGUUUUUUCUUACUCGAGCAUAACGUGUACCCGGUAUGGUAUAUAUAAGGCAAAACCCGUGCAGAAACUCACUCUUUACACGUCUGCAGUACAGAUUGACUGGUUUAAAACAUUUAUCUGCUAUCUACAUUGUCAAAUUAUGCCACGUGGCCGCGGAUUCGUACGUCCACAAAGACUGUCGCGGAACAACACCGCCAGGCAGCCCGAGCCAGCAAGGAGCGCAACAAGGAGCCAACAACCUUCCAACAGAGGGAGGAAACGAACGGCAGAGGUCCCGUUGGAAGAUUUUGUUGACGAGAGGGUGUCGCAAACGAACGCUGGUGAGUCGAACGUAGUAGAUUUUGAGCAGAUAAUAAGGGCUUCGAAUAUUAUUCCACAAAAUUUGACCGAUAAUGUUGGUUCUGUUGCAAAUAAUGUUUCUACGGGGUGUGGCAAUAUGUUACAAUCUGUGGGUUUAGAUAGUUCUACUGCGAAUCAUUCCAACGAUAUUUUAAAUGUUUUGCCUGGAAUACGUUUAGCCGAUGAUGAUUUGGCGGCGCACGUGCCAACAUCUCUUAAACAAAAAAUUUGUAGAGGUGAAUAUGUAAAUUUGAUGUUAUUAUUGAAAGGGGCAGUCGAGCUUUCAGAAUUUUGUAAAGGGACGGUGUUUAAGUUAGAUAGUGAAGGUCACAUUCAAAAAUGGAAUGGACAACUAGCUAAUUCAUCUAAGGAAUCCGCUCAAAAAGAAUGUAAAGAGCAGAUCAAUUGCAUUGAGAAAUGGACAAACGCAUUUAUUAUAUAUGCGUCCAUUUAUUUAUCAUCACACGCUGACAAAAUCUAUGAAAUUUUGCAUUACAUGUUUAAUAUCAGAGAUUGUGCCUCGCGCCAGGGUGGUCUUUCAUGGAGGACUUACGACGAGCAAUUUCGUCUAAGACAGGCCAUUGCUCCUCAAUCAUGGUCGAAAAUAAACAAUGAGUUAUGGUGGCGCUGUGUACAAGUCAGACCAGUUUUACGUGACCAAUCGAAUCCUUAUAGGUUUACGUGUAAUGACUUUAAUGCGGGAAAAUGUUCUUGGCCGAAUUGCCGUUUUUCCCAUGUUUGUGCCACGUGUUUUGCUCCCCACCCAGCAAUCAACUGUCAAACUUCAAAUUCUUCAAACAAACAAAGCUUGACGAGCGGUCAAUCUCAGUCGUCAUUUCAAAACUCUCGGAGCAGACAUUUUCAGCCACAACGGGCUAAAAGUGGACGGGGCUAUUACAAAAAGUAA